GAUCCGAAUAUUUUUAUGAGUUUUCAAGCAUCAUAUUGCCUACCUUCUACAUAAACCCCCACUUGUUCGCCCUGGGUACCUUCACUAUCGUGUUCUCGGUCAAUUACCGAUAACAGAUUCAUUCGUGCGUCCUAGUACCAGUGUGACGUUAUCGUCGAGUCCAUCAACACAGAUCGGAAAUAUUGGCGUAGAAGCCGUGUGUCUGUCCCAGAUACUAUCAAUUCCAGUAUCCGAUGAUAGACUGAAAUACCAUUAUAAUAAUAUAUCCAUUCCCAUAUUUUCAAGCUUACGUGUACUGAUCUCAUCCCUUUGAUGAGACCUAGUUCAUCAUGUUGUCAUCCUCAGAACGCAAAAGAAUUCGCGAGGUUCGCCGCUACUACAAAAGAUCUCCCGGUGAUCCGCCUAUCGCUGGCGAAAGCGUACCGGUCGAGAGUCCCGAGACAGUUCGGUCCGUAGAAAAAGCUAGCAGCCCCAAUAGCACGCUCACUGCGUUGAUGCAAUUGAUCACGUGGCGUCUUGGUGCCUCAAGAGCGAUGGUAUCUGUUGUUGAUGAUAAUGCACAAUACUUUCUCGCGGAAGCAACAAAAACACUGGAUUUGUCAGACUCUUCAAAACAUGAUCCAGGUGACGAUUUAUGGAUGGGUUGUGGAGGAACUAUUCGCAGUCAAGCUCUAUGCGCAUACACAAUAGAAGUUAUCCCUGAACCAAAUCAUUAUGCCUGUUUCAGUGUUCCGGAUUUAUCGGCCGACCCCAGGUUUUGUAAUCUGCCUUAUGUUGCAGGCAGACCCAAUUUUCGAUAUUAUGCAGGAACCCCUUUGAUCAGUAAUACCGGAAUACCAAUUGGAAGUGUCUUUGUCAUCGAUCCAAGGCCACGCAAGCGAGCCACCAGGGCGGAAGUCGAUUUCCUGGGACUAAUGGCAAAAAACGUCAUGGAAUACCUUGAAAUGAAACGGGAGAGUGUGCAGUUGCGGCGGAACGAUGUAAUGUCUAAAGGAUUGGCUGCUCUAGUUGAAGGUCAAAGUAAAAUCCCACGGCAAUUGUCGACAGAAAUGGCCUUCAAGUGCCAAGAUUCCAAUGGCUCUCACUCAAAUGGGGCGAAAAUGGUUAAUACUAAUUUAACAAGUAAUUUUGUUGUUGUUGACACAUCUUUAGCGACAGUCGCCGAGCAGUCACUAAACAAUACAGCGGGCCCUCCACACACUCUAGUCAGGGAAAACUUGCUACAUGAUAUCUCACCUGAUACAUCUAUAGAUCAAUUGGCAUUGACUGAUGCCCCAGCGACCCAUGAUCGAAUACUCUCACGAGGUGCCAAUUUACUACGAGAAUCUCUCGAUGUUGAUUAUACAAUUUUCUUUGAUAUGAGUAUUGGCUUUUCAAGCAGUGUUGUAAAUGGACAAAGCGGAGAUGUUAGAUUGCCUGAAGACACUUUUUUGGAUGAAACGGACACAAAGAAUAACUUUACCACAAAACCCGUCUAUACUUCGCAUGACAACGACAUCGAUUUAUUGAAUACAUCUGCCCAGUCUUCAUCACUCAGCAGGCGAAGUAAUGAAGCAGGUUCUGCUAAAGUCAGAAGUUUCUCCACAUCAACCUGUUCGUCAUUGGAUGGCGAUACACUAUCUGGUACCCUCUACAGAGCGCCAAAUGAAAAAGAUCUGCAAAGACUUUCGAAAAGAUAUCCCAAAGGCAAAGUAUGGACGUUCAAUGGCUAUGAUUCUGAAUCUUCAGAAGACGAUAACUCACCACCAUCUAAACAAAUGUUCGCUAUGCAGCUUAAUCCACAAGAUCAUCGGGUAAGGAAAUCUGAUCGCAGCAUAGUGAGGCAGUGCUUUCCUGAUGCUCGAGAGGUUCUUUUUGCUCCACUCUCUGAGGCAGGAACUGGAUUACCCAUAGUGGCAUGCUUUGCAGUAUCCCUACGGGACAUAGCGAUUUUCACCUCCGAUACUGAAAAGGCGUUUGUUCGUGGGUUUCUGAACAGUGUUUCUAUUGAGUAUAAUCGAAUAUCUAUCGCGGCUGCCGAUCGUCAAAAAGGAGACUUCAUAUCAAGCAUAUCACAUGAAUUAAGAAGUCCACUCCACGGAAUUCUUGGGUCUGCUGAACUUUUAAGCGAGACGAAUCUUGACAAUGGUCAAUUUGAACUCUGCUCAACAAUUGAAACAUGCGGACGAGUUCUUCAAGAAACUUUAAUGGAUGUUCUUGAAUAUUCCAAGCUAAAUAAUUCAAUGAAAAACAAAGAAGUCGGUGUAAAAGUGCCAGAUACGAACGGAAAUUCUUCCAAUUCCCAGCAAAUAAACGGCGAAAGUCCCACGAGCGACAAUCUACUUUCUCAACCCCUAGAUCUUGCUAGAAUGUGUGAAGACUCGGUGGCAAUUGUUGCAGUUGCAUACAUGCACCACAGAACGAAUUCGGAGCAGCUUCUAUACCGAGUAAUGCAACCUCCAGGAACGAUGGAAACGCAAGAGAUUCAAACCCUGUACAAAUCUAAUUCUGUCACUGUAUCUUUGCACAUUGCAUUUGGGGAAUGGCACUUCUUCUGCUCUCCGGGAUCUAUGCAGCGAAUCAUUAUGAAUUUAGUGGGUAAUAGUCUCAAGUAUACAUCGGCAGGCUUCAUAGAUAUUUCUUUGGCCGUUGAGUCUCCCAAAAAUGGUAACGCCAAGAUAUCGAAGAUACCAAAUAUUGGCAGUGAUGAUUUAAUUGUACUUCGAGUCAGUGAUAGUGGCAAAGGUAUCUCUAGUGAGUUUUUGAAAAGCAAACUCUUUAUAGCCUUUUCUCAGGAGUCGUCAUUGGCACCAGGCACUGGACUUGGACUUCACAUCGUUUAUUCACUUGUGCGGAUGUAUAACGGAACUAUCGAUGUUCAAAGUCAGAUCGGUCACGGAACAACUGUUACAGUCAAGCUGCCCCUCAAAAGGGCAUUAUCUAAUCUAACUUCUAUCGCCCCCUCAGACCCACUUCUCAAGGUUCAAGUUGAAGAAUUGAAAAUUUUGCUCAAGCAAUUCAAAUAUUGCAAGUUCUCAACUCACGGUUUCCGGUCUGGCUCAUCUUGUUAUCUAAAGAAAUCCCUGCACGCCUAUCUUACCCAGUGGUUUGGUAUGAAUCAUGAUCCUGACGAUGAUGCUGCUGAUAUUGCUUUCGUCACUGAAGAAAAGAUCGACUUGUUCCUUGCAGAGCUGAUGAAAGAUGGUGUAUCCAAGCCCUCGCUUAUAAUAGUGGUACGAUAUGUUCCAAGUCACAACCAUACAUCCCAACAGAACUCGGCUAUUGAUAUACCCCUUGAAACUCUCACGAUACCGUUUGGUCCCUGGAAGUUGUUGAAAACAUUACGCACCUGUCUAUCACCAAAGCAAUUAUCACCGAAACCGUCUUCUGCAGCCGAUCAUAAGAUUUUGUAUACCAGUCCUUUGCCCUCUCCGCCCGCUGAUAUUCGAAAAGAAUUUGGGACAACCGUUACCAGAACCGUAGUAGAGGAAGCACUUACUGAAAAAUCACUCUCCGUUCCCAAAACUCUAUCAAAUGCAAGCCAGCCAACGAUUCUUUGCGUCGAUGAUAAUGCUAUAAAUCUUCGCCUCCUUAGAGCGUAUUUCCGCAAAUUGAAUUUUGAUAUCACUUGUGCGGAAAAUGGAGCCGUGGCGUUCGAGAAAUAUCGCCUUCAGCCUAACGGCUAUGAUCUUGUAUUCAUGGGUACGUCGAUGACACUUCUCUCGGCUUUAAUUUUGUUCUUCGCGCCCACCCCAACACACAUGCACACCUAUAAUUCACAAUCAGCUAAUUUAGCUUUCAAACCAAAGAUAUCAGCAUGCCAAUAUGCGAUGGCUAUCAAUCUACAAGAAUGAUCCGAUCACUCGAUAAACUUCAACAAAGUAUUAGCCCGACCCCAUUACCAGCAACUCGCAUUGUGGCAAUCUCUGCCGCGUAUUCAGACGCAGACAUGGAGAUGGCGAAAGCGGCGGGUAUCGAUGAUUUCUAUACAAAGCCGAUGAAGGUCAGUAGAUUGGAGACUCUGAUGAAGAAUUGGGGAUAUUUGGAUACAUGACCGCGGGGCCAAUUUGUUGACUUCAGCAUAAAAAAAUCUGGGAUUUGAUGGAAUUGUAAAAUUGAUGUAAAGAUUAAGCUGAGUACACAGGGAGACUGGGGAUUUGACAUGCGCUUCGUAAUAAUUGAGUUGGAUUAUAUCUAAAAACGGCCAAUUGAAAAUUUGGAUACAAAGGCAGGGUAUAAGGUAUCUUAAAAACAAAAUGGUGAACACAUAUGGAUAAUAUAUUAAUACUCGGGAGAUAUAUCA